AGCGCCGCACACGGAGUGCAGGGAUGGGGAAAUGGUGUUUGUUGAGGCACUCAGGAAACAGGGUGUGGAUACGGAGUCUUGUCCCCCGGGAAACAGAGGCAACCUAACAACUACGGGGCUGAUUAUACGGACCCCCGGGGCCCUCGCACUCUUUCCUUCCCCCGGCCCGGCGGCAGGAUGCCCGGGUUGCUUAUGUUUGGCCGGCGCUGGGCUAUCGCCAGCGAUGAUCUCGUGUUUCCUGGAGCCUUCGAGCUGCUGGUGAGGCUGAUAUGGUGGAUCGGGAUCGUGGCUCUUUAUUCUGUCCACAAAGGUCACUUUGAAUGUGUCGGCGGACCCGCUCUACACAGUUAUCUGAUUGUACUGAUUGUCCUUUUGGCAGCCAUCAUUUGCACCCUCUCUGCCAUCGUAUAUGUCAGCAUGCAAGGUACUAUCUCCAACCCUGGCCCGCGGAAGUGCAUGCCCAAAGUGAUGUAUGUGCGUCUCACGCUGUACCUCCCCGAGCUGGCGUGGGCCGUAUUGGGGGCCAUCUGGGUGUCCGACAACAGUGUGCGAUGUGACAAAGCACUAGUGCACGUCGUGCUCCUGACUGUUAUUGCCAGUUGGGUAAUCUUAUUCUUCACCAUGAUAGCGGUCGUUAUUGUUUUCGAUCCACUGGGCCACAAGAAGGCGUUAUACUACGCGGACAACGAAAUUCACAACCUGGAGAGCAGCCAGUCCCACCAGGUCCUCUCCAACGUCAAGAAAACCGCCGCCAGGGUUUGGGAGACUCGCAUCCGACUCCUGUGCUGCUGCGCCGGGAAUGACAAUGACAACAGAGUCGCCUUCUCCAGCAUCGCAGAACUCCUCAGCUCCUUCUUCUCUGACACAGACUUGGUGCCCAGCGACAUUGCUGCGGGGCUCACUCUUCUUCACCAAGAACAGGACAAAGUGGAGCUCAGCAGGGAUCCUGACGAGGUGGUGUGCAGCUCACCACCACAUUCUGGGGGGGAGGAACUGGAAGUGGAGUUGGAGAAGGCCGCUCAUUACAUGAAGUUUGCAGUGGCUGCCUAUGGUUGGCCUUUCUACAUAUACGGCAAUCCGAUUACCGGACUGUGUAAGCUCUGCGGAGAGAGUUGCCAGCAUAGAAGAGCAGAGUAUGAAAUAGUGGGGGGCGACCAUCUGAACUUUCACUUUGGUUCCAUUUUGCAAACCACGGGCCUCCAGUACCGCGACUUCAUCCACAUCAGUUUCCAUAACAAGAUUUAUGAAAUCCCAUUUUUUGUAGCCCUCGACCAUAAAACUGAAGCCAUCUUGGUAUCUGUAAGAGGAACAUUAUCCCUUGAGGACGUCCUGACCGAUCUGUCCGCCGACUGUGAAAAUCUCCACACGGAAGGAGUGGAGGGAGAUUGUUUGUCACACAAGGGAAUUACGCAAGCGGCCCGUUAUAUUUACGAACGGCUUAUAAAUGAUGGGAUUUUGAACCAAGCUUUUUCCAUUGCCCCGGAAUACAAGCUCGUCAUUGUGGGACACAGUUUGGGAGCCGGAGCGGCGUCUGUGUUGGCGAUUCUACUCCGGAGUUCCUUCCCCACGUUGAAGUGUUAUGCGUUCUCUCCACCGGGCGGCCUGCUAAGCAAAGCACUUUCCGACUAUACAAAGGAUUUCAUCAUCUCCAUCAUUGUGGGAAAGGAUCUGGUUCCGAGGCUCAGUUUACCCAACAUGGAGGAUUUAAAGGCAAGAAUAUUGAGGAUGGUUGUGAACUGCAAUCGGCCCAAGUACCAGAUCCUGCUGCGGGGGUGCUGGUAUGAAAUAUUUGGUGGAAACCCAGAUGACUUCCCGACUGAACUCGACGGCAGAAACCGCUCGCUGUCACAACCACUACUCGCUGAGCAAGCGUUACUGGUUCACACAUCACCUUCAUACAAUACCCUGAUAGAGGGAUCUCCGACAGGCUCUCCAAGGCAUUCUCCUCUGUAUCUGCCAGGGAAGAUCAUCCACAUCAUCACAGAGAGAAGAUCAGGAUGGUUGUGCUUUUCGGACGUCAAGUACAGCGUCAAGUGGUCAAAGGAAACGGCGUUCAGCGGUAUAUACAUCAGUCCCCGGAUGAUCACGGAUCACAUGCCAGACGUUGUACUUAAGGCUUUAAAGAGUCUGUGUAAGGAAAGAACCGGUUGCACUUCCUGCCAAACACCGCAAGGCAUUUUAUACGGAAAUCGGAUAUAACACAUGCGCGGACCGCAAGCACAACGCCACGUUUUAGCUUUCAUGCUUACCGGCCGCGGACUGGAGAGACCAAAUCUAAAGGAACGGGGAGAAAUCACUCUCUAAAACCAUCGUGUGUUAAGCAGUUUGUGUUUUGUGAACGUUUGACAUUUUCAUUAAAUGCAAGUGUUUUGGAAGCAGUUAUCCCCCCUUAUGCAGGAAGACUGGAGAGGGGGGGCUACAAGGACCCCAAAUGCCAGAUGAUUGAAAGUCUCUGGAUACUGGAAGACUUAAAGUGUUCGCGGCUUUCUGGCUUCUGAAGCAUACUACGCACUUGCGAUUGGAACAUUGAAGCAGCGUUGUUGGAUAGAUCCAUGUCUAAUUCCCAUGUAUGUGUGGAUAAUUUGCACAAUUUUCAGUUGUCCAAAAAUUAUGAAAACAUGUACGAUGUAUGUACGAGCCAUGUUUUUACAGUGUGGUGUUCUAGCACGGCUUACCCCUUCAUCAGGACUGAGCGUAUUUAGUCGAACGACGGCUACAAACUAAAUAGAAGAUGAGCGAUUGUUAAAAUAUAAGAAAAUAGAUCAAUAGGUAAAGCGGGUUUGAUGUGAUAAAGUGCGCCUUUCUUCCAUAACUCUGUCCUGAUGCAGGUGUCUCCUUAUACAAAUACUUUGAAUAACUUUAUUUAAAAAAAAUCUCAAAAUCCCCAAUAACAAUAAAGUGUAUUCACCGUA